CAAAUACAGUAGAACGCAGACUAAUCAGUAUAUCAACGAAUACAGGAGUACAAAUUAAUUGGGACUGGGGAUGAUUCGGAUAGUUGAACAUAGACUGGUAUUAAGGACAACAAACUGUUACACGUAGAAUAAAUUUUCGUAAAGUUUAACAAAUCCUGUUCUACGAUAAAGUUUUCUUAAACAUCUGGCUCAGAGCAAGUCUCCAUCAGGCUUUAACAAAAAUACAUAGUAUAAAAAUUCGCAACAAUAAUAGCUUAAGGCUGAUUCGGAAAAUUGCCGAUUUGGUUAAUCAUUCUGUAAUUGCAAAUAUUUAACAGAAAAUAAUACAAUACAAUAAUGGAUCCCUUCGACAAAUGAAACAAUAUGUUACAGAUAGGCAUUGCUUAAAUAUAUUUCUGUGGACUAUAACUGGCCACCACACAUAACACUACUGUAUAUUAGACAGUUUAAAAUCUAUAUCAAGAGGGCUAUGGGGACCCAAAGCAGGCAUCAAUUAUUUAAAAUGUGAAAUUUUUGUUACAACAAAAAAUAUUUUUUAAUAUUUAGUAUUUGAAUCCAGUAAGAAUGGAAGAAAGUGAUACAACUUCUGUUAAUAAUCCAACAAUUGACAUCAGAGCUUCUGCUCAAGAUGCAAAUAAUCUUGAAAUUGACAUCAGGUCUGCUCUAGAUUCCAAUAAUCCAACAGUUGACAUUAUAACUUCUGUUAAUAGUCCCAGGCGUAAUGCAUCUCCCCCCUCGCAAUCCGCACCUAUUCCGACGCCUCCCCCUAGUCCUAAACAUCCUACUUUAUCUGACGCCUUAUCGCUAUCCCAACACAAAUCUUCUAAAGAACAAAGUGUCAAAUCUGGCCAACAUGGAAGUGUCAAAUCUGGUCAAAUUGGCAGUAUCAAAUCUGGUCAAGUUGGCAGUAUCAAAUCUGGCCAAUAUGGAAACAAAGUGCUGAAUGCAAUAAAGGAGAACCUCCUACCUCAAGAUAAAUCUACAUCUGAAAAAGUAGAAGAACUGAAAGAUACUGUCAAAAAUCUAGCUUCGGAUAUUGUUGGGUCGAACUCUAACCAUUUAACAACCAAUAUAGAUAAGAUAGCCACAAUGAGCAAAGUGCUCACCAAUGAGGCAAAUGCUCUGAGAAAAUCCAUAAAGUAUUUGUCUGAAGACAUCGCGCGUACUAAACAGCAGCUAUGUGCCUGCAAUAAUAAUGAAGACGUGAACUUUCCCUAUCACUUGUUUCUCAUUGAAAUUGUUAUAAACAAGAUACAUAUGAAAUGUGAAUGUUUCGACUUCAAUGUCAACAACUUGGUUAUUUCGGCCUUAUUUUUGGGAAAAUCACCAAUUAUUUUAUACGAUUCUUCUUUUGGUGAAAUUGAUAAUUACUGCAAACUGAAUGUCGGAAAGUCCACUUUAUUCGCCAUGACGUAUGAUAAAAUUUGUAGUAUUAAGGAGUUUGAAAUUGUAUUACUACUGACAAAACAGCCUCCAUGUUCUACGUGUGUGACGAAAAUUGCUGAAACGCAUAUGGACUUCACCUCUGAAUUUAUGCAAUUGAGAGAAGAACUUUGUAAAAAAUGGGCGCAAGAACAGCCAACGGACAAUAUACUGUGCACCACGUCAACACCACUUACCAAGAAUAUGUAUUAUUUGUCAUGCUGUGAUGGCGACAAUAGAGAUUCAAUAGGUGUUAUUGAGGUGUCCGUUCGAAUGUCGUUUUUGGGUAAAGAGAUUAAUACCGCAUUUCGUGCUACGCCUAAAGUACAAGGUUGUUCCCAAUUAAUAAAAGACGAUCACGGGAUGACAAUGUACUCGAGCCACAAGGUCGAGAUGGACGACCAAGGCAAAAUACUUCUAGACGAAGGAGUCAUGGCUAAAAGUCGCUCUCUGUGUCCAUCGGACUAUCACAGAAGAUCGAUCAGCCCGCAGUCGCAAGCAUCGAGCACAUUGUCUAGGAGAUCUUACGAACCCUAUCCUGUGCCUUAUCGUGAUACUGGUCGAGGUCCAAAAUAUGACGAAAUAUAUACCAAAAUGAAUGUCAACGAGUUGAGAAUCAAAGUUCCGAAGAGCAGUAAAGUAGAGAGAAUGGGCAGAUAUGAUAAGAUUCAAGAGCUGUGUUCGUGUGAAAGUACCCCCAACAACAGUGGAGAACAGAUACAGUUUGAACUUCCAAAAGAUGCUACAUACCCUGAGAAAACAUAUACAUCAAACUUGAAAUAUACAUUGAAAAGCCUUGAAAGACCACCUGAGAGGAAGGACAAGAAGAUUAUAAACGUGACACCUACAAGUUGUCCUGCCCCCGUCAAUAUGGAGAAAGUGCUCCACCCGCUCAAAGAUGUAUUCAUUCUAAAAAUUGGCAAGAAAUUGGAAACUCAGGAUAAAAAGACUGACCUUGAAAUAGAGUUAGUUACUCCUAAAGCUCCGUGUGACAAACUAGUAGAUAUCAGCAAUACCAGCCAGCAGUGUGGUGGUGACGAUGUAAAAUCUGAUUUGAUAAAACAGAAGGGUAAAAACAAGAAAGGGAAAGGUGGAAAGGGAAAAGGGAAGGGUAAAGCAGGCAAGAAAGGCAAAAAAGGAAAGAAGAAAUAAGAUUUAUAUCCAGAAACCAAAAAUAGUUUUCAAUUUAUUUGUUUCUCAUUUGCAAAGUUAUCAAAAUAUCUUGUAAAUUCUUAAUAUUAUACAAACAUUUAAACCUU